AUGGCAAACAGUACAAACGGAACCCCCUCGUCCCAGUCUGACUGUGCACUGGACUUCUGGUGUGUUAUUGCCAAGGACCUCAACACUGACGCAAACAAAGAGGAUGUGAAAUUGGACCCCUGGUCCGACUGUAACACCCUAGGCAAUCCGAACGUGACCAGGCCAGAAGAAGUGCCUGAGGACACGGUCGUAUGUUUUUCUGAUGCCCAGGUGCCCUGCCCACGUAUAAUCGGACAGAGACGCCACCACCUCCUGUGCCUUCCCUGUCAGCCUACACUGGAGCAGCAAAGGCCAGACCUCCUUAGGCCAGCGAAGAGCCCCUGCUACUCUCUCAAAAGCGGAGAAGUAGGAAUCCACUUCUGCUUCUCUGAAUGGAGGAACGACAGCUAUGUUUCUCCCAACAUCAAAAGGCCCCUCUCUACCCACUGGUCAGCUUCAAGGCGGGCCAGCCGAAGCCUAAGCCUAGCGGUCUCCCCCGAGCCCUCAGGCUCAAAAGGAGAUGGCUCGAACUUGGGUAGGGUCAAAGGCGCCCGAGUCGCCACCCCCACACCGCCCUCCGGCCGUGCAGGCGAGAGACCUGUCAGCACCUCAUGCCCUUCCCCAGCUUCCUCAGCUGCCUCUUGCUCCUCAACCUCUUCCUCCUCGACUUCCUCAUCCUCAUCCUGUGAGGGAACUACACCUUGAGACAAUAAAUGCAGUGAAAUGACUGCAACUAUUUCUGCCUUGAGUGAGUGCUUGGAGACUGGGAUGUUAUAGUGAGCCGUGA